AUGGCCCCUAAGGCGGAAAACAAGCAAGGCAAGACUAAGCCCAGCGCCAAGGCUGGCGCUGCUGCCAAGGCAGUCCUGAAGGGUGCAGGUCUGCAUGCGCACCGGGCCCGCAAGAUUCGCACUUCCACCACCUUCCACCGCCCCAAGACCCUCGAGCUCUCGCGGUCGCCCAAGUACCCCCGCAAGUCGAUCCCUCACGUCCCUCGUCUUGACGCCCACAAGGUUGUUCUCUACCCUCUGAACACCGAGAGUGCGAUGAAGAAGAUCGAGGAGAACAACACCCUUGUUUUCAUUGUGGACACCAAAGCGAACAAGCGACAGAUCAAGCUGGCUCUUAAGAAGCUUUACGACGUUGAAACCGUCAAAGUCAACACUCUCAUUAGACCCGAUGGUUCCAAGAAGGCCUUUGCGCGGUUAACCCCUGAUGUGGAUGCUCUGGAUAUCGCUGCCACCAAGCUGGCUAUUGUCUAA